AUGGAGCUUACCAGUAACAGUAACAACAACAACAACAACAGCGCGAUAAUCGCGCCGUUUGUGAUGAAAACGUACCAAAUGGUAGACGACCCGACGACGAACGGGCUAAUCGGUUGGGGAAAGGCCAACAACAGCUUCGUCGUCCUCGACCCGCUCGAGUUCUCUCACCGGAUUUUGCCGGCUUACUUCAAGCACCACAAUUUCUCCAGCUUCGUGCGACAGCUCAAUACUUAUGGAUUCAAGAAAGUCGACCCGGAUAGAUGGGAGUUCGCUAAUGAAUGGUUCCUACGCGGCCAAACACACUUGCUCCACAACAUCUCCCGGAAAAAACAUUCGCCCACGAAACACCACGUCUCGUCCCACCUUGCCACCCACGAGGACGAGGAAGACGACGAGCUCCUAGCCGAGAUUGUCAAGCUAAAGCAAGAACAAAUGAGCCUCGAACAAGAGCUCGAGAGAAUGAGCCGACGGUUGGAGGCCACUGAGAGGCGACCCCAACAAAUGAUGACUUUCUUGUGCAAGGUGGUCGAGGACCCCGAGAUCCUUCCACAAAUCAUGCUCGAGAAGGAGAGAAUGAAGAAGAGGUUGACCUCAGGUAGCAUCGACCACAAGAAGAGGAGGCUCAUGGGGUCUACUGACUCGUCGAGCUCGUCGACCAAGAGCGAGGAUGAUGGAGGGAAGUCGGCCCCGAUCUCGCCCGCUGACGGUAGUAACUAUCUCUAUCAGUCGUCGGCUACAACAGCUGAGAUAUCGUCAUUUGUGCCCGAGCAAUGGGGGUGUGGGCUCCCCCACUCGAGUUUGUUUGUGGUGAGAGAGGACAAUGUCGGUGGGUAUGGUGACGUGGACGGCUCGUCGUGGUCGGGGCCGUUUGGUGGUGUGCCCACGGCAAUCGAACCAUCACUGAGUGUGGAGGAUGGCAGCGGAUUCGUUCAGACGAGUCCGCUGCCUCCGUAUCCUUUCUCAUUGUUGGGUGGUGGUUUUUAG